AUGGCAAAUCUUAACUCCCAGUACGAUGGGCUUAAGUGUCACCUGCCCUCGCCGAGUGUGCCAGCAGUGUCGUCGCCUGCCCUCGCUGAGUGUGCCAGCAGUGUCAUCGCCUGCCCUCGCCGAGUGUACCAGCAGUAUUACCUGUCCUCGCUGAUUGUGCCAGCAGUGUCGACUGCCCUCACCGAGUGUGCCAGCAGUGUCUGUCGCCUGCCCUCGCCGAGUGCGCCAGCAGUGUCGUCGCCUGCCCUCGCUGAGUGUGCCAGCAGUGUCGUCGCCUGCCCUCGCCGAGAGUACCAGCAGUGUUACCUGUCCUCGCUGACUGUGCCAGCAGUGUCGCCUGCCCUCGCCGAGUGUGCCAGCAGUGUCGUCGCCUGCCAUCGCCGAGUGUGCCAGCAGUGUCGUCGCCUGCUCUCGCCGAGUGUACCAGCAGUGUUACCUGUCCUCGCUGACUGUGCCAGCAGUGUCGCCUGCCCUCACCGAGUGUGCCAGCAGUGUCGUCGCCUGCCCUCGCCGAGUGUACCAGCAGUGUUACCUGUCCUCGCUGACUGUGCCAACAGUGUCGCCUGCCCUCGCCGAGUGCGCCAGCAGUGUCGUCGCCUGCCCUCGCUGAGUGUGCCAGCAGUGUCGUCGCCUGCCCUCGCCGAGAUGUCGUCGCCUGCCCUCGCUGAGUGUGCCAGCAGUGUCAUCGCCUGCCCUCGCCGAGUGUACCAGCAGUAUUACCUGUCCUCGCUGAUUGUGCCAGCAGUGUCGACUGCCCUCACCGAGUGUGCCAGCAGUGUCUGUCGCCUGCCCUCGCCGAGUGCGCCAGCAGUGUCGUCGCCUGCCCUCGCUGAGUGUGCCAGCAGUGUCGUCGCCUGCCCUCGCCGAGAGUACCAGCAGUGUUACCUGUCCUCGCUGACUGUGCCAGCAGUGUCGCCUGCCCUCGCCGAGUGUGCCAGCAGUGUCGUCACCUGCCAUCGCCGAGUGUGCCAGCAGUGUCGUCGCCUGCUCUCGCCGAGUGUACCAGCAGUGUUACUUGUCCUCGCUGACUGUGCCAGCAGUGUCGCCUGCCCUCACCGAGUGUGCCAGCAGUGUCGUCGCCUGCCCUCGCCGAGUGUACCAGCAGUGUUACCUGUCCUCGCUGACUGUGCCAACAGUGUCGCCUGCCCUCGCCGAGUGCGCCAGCAGUGUCGUCGCCUGCCCUCGCUGAGUGUGCCAGCAGUGUCGUCGCCUGCCCUCGCCGAGAUGUCGUCGCCUGCCCUCGCUGAGUGUGCCAGCAGUGUCAUCGCCUGCCCUCGCCGAGUGUACCAGCAGUAUUACCUGUCCUCGCUGAUUGUGCCAGCAGUGUCGACUGCCCUCACCGAGUGUGCCAGCAGUGUCUGUCGCCUGCCCUCGCCGAGUGCGCCAGCAGUGUCGUCGCCUGCCCUCGCUGAGUGUGCCAGCAGUGUCGUCGCCUGCCCUCGCCGAGAGUACCAGCAGUGUUACCUGUCCUCGCUGACUGUGCCAGCAGUGUCGCCUGCCCUCGCCGAGUGUGCCAGCAGUGUCGUCGCCUGCCAUCGCCGAGUGUGCCAGCAGUGUCGUCGCCUGCUCUCGCCGAGUGUACCAGCAGUGUUACCUGUCCUCGCUGACUGUGCCAGCAGUGUCGCCUGCCCUCACCGAGUGUGCCAGCAGUGUUGUCGCCUGCCCUCACUGAGUGUGCCAGCAGUGUCGUCGCCUGCCCUCGCCGAGUGUACCAGCAGUGUUACCUGUCCUCACUGA